AUGGAAGGUCAGCUAAGACAAUUACAAGACAUAUUCAACCGGUUCGACAUGGACGGAGAUGGAAGCCUAACCAUCUUAGAACUCGCGGCGCUUCUCCGGUCCCUUGGUCUGAAACCUUCAGGCGACCAAAUCCACCUUUUGUUAGCAAGUAUGGACGCAAACGGCAACGGUUUCGUCGAGUUUGAUGAGCUUGUAGGAGCCAUUCUUCCUGACCUGAACGAAGAGGUCCUUAUCAACUCCGAGCAGUUGAUGAACAUUUUCAAAUCGUUUGAUAGAGAUGGUAAUGGAUUCAUCAGCGCGGCUGAAUUGGCUGGAGCCAUGGCUAAGAUGGGACAACCAUUGACGUAUAGAGAACUAAGGGAGAUGAUCCAAGAAGCGGAUACAAACGGUGAUGGUGUUAUAAGCUUUGGUGAAUUUGCUUCAAUUAUGGCUAAAUCUGCUGUUGAAUAUUUCGGUUUAAAGAUUAAUUCAUGA